UAUAUAAAGUGUCUCGUAGUUUUUUUUUUAUCAUUAAAAAAAAAUCCCAUCUCUCAAUGUCACACCAUUGAUAUUGGUCAAUUUUUAUUUAAAUUUUAUUUUUUUGUAUAAUAUUUUUUCUUUCCCUGGAAGAUGCGUGGAGGACUAAAGGGAAAUAUUUAUAUAAGUAUCAAGACAAGUGUUUGAUUAAAAAGACGCUGAGAGUAAAGUCAGACUCUCUCACACCUCAACAGCGCACAAGAGGAUGGUGCAUUUGUUUGGGGCAUUUCAACGCUCAAGCGGCGGCUUUCUCUCCGUGGCGAGCAGCGCCGCGCAGCGCAGACAGCGCAGGAUAGAAGCGGCGCGCUCCCUCUCACCUCCCGCUCCCGCAUCCACCUGUCCGUUUCUGCUGGAAUCAUUCCCACCUCUGGGAUCCGAAGAACACGCUUCUCGACUUGUACUCCUUCAGAUGGAUUUCCUGGACGACUCCAAUUUUUCCGUGGCGGACACCAACUUGACGUCACCAUCAGUUCUGGACGGAACCCUUCGCUGCAGCGUCAUCCUCCCUGUCAUCUUCAGCAUCAUCUGCGUAUUGGGCAUAAUGGGGAACUUCAUCGUGAUCUACACUAUCAUGAAGAAGACCAAAUGCCGAGCCAGACAAAGCGUCCCGGACAUCUUCAUCCUGAACAUGUCAAUAGUGGACGUGCUGUUCCUCCUGGGAAUGCCUUUCCUGCUCCAUCAGCUGCUGGGCGACGGGACCUGGCAUUUCGGAGCCACCCUCUGCACGGUAAUCACUGCCCUCGACUCCAACAGUCAGAUUGUAAGCACAUACAUCCUCACGGCAAUGACCUUUGACCGCUACCUGGCUACAGUCCAUCCUAUCCGCUUCAACUACAUCCGCACGCCGUACGUGGCGGUGCUGGUGAUCGUCCUGGUGUGGGUCCUGUCCCUGUUCACCAUCAUGCCAGUGUGGAUGUAUGCCGGCCUCAUGCCGCUCACCGAAGACUUGGUGGCCUGCGCUCUCCUACUCCCCAACCCGGUCACCGACACCUACUGGUUUACUCUCUACCAAUUCUUUCUGGCCUUCGCAAUUCCUUUAGCCAUCAUCUGCGUUGUGUUCCUGAAGAUCCUGCAGCACAUGUCCACCAGCGUGGCGCCCCUGCCGCCUCGCAGUCUGAGGGUGCGCACGAGAAAAGUCACCAGAAUGGCCGUCACCAUUUGCCUGGCCUUUUUCAUCUGCUGGGCACCUUACUACAUCCUGCAGCUGGUCCAUCUCGGGGUGCAGAAGCCCAGCAUCGCCUUCUCUUACGCCUACAACAUCGCCAUCAGCAUGGGCUACGCCAACAGCUGCAUCAAUCCCUUCAUUUACAUCAUGCUCAGUGAGACUUUCAAGAGGCAGCUCCUUCGAGCUGUGCGGCCCCUCAACAGGAAGUUUCAAGUGAAUCCCAGCACUACGGAUGGAGGGAGUCUGAGUGUCAGGAUGGCACCAGAGGAAGCUCAGCAGGAGAACCCGGCGAGCGAGGUGAUGCUACCUUCGAAUAAGGAGUCUGAGUAAAGUGCUCUUUCAGGUUGAGGCGAAGGCUUCUCUCAACAGAAGAGUUUGGUUCGUGGUAGAAGCCAGACAUCAGUGAAACAACCAGGAAAACAAAGGAUGACUUUAGAAAACACAGGAUAUCCUCAAGCCAAUGGAACAACCUCUCCACGCUCACUGGCUCAAGAAGUGGAUUGUUAUUGCGCUCAAGCAGCUGACACCUGAUCGGUUGAACUCUUGUUUGGUUGGACGUCCCCGGCCUUUUGAGGACCAGUUUGCCCAACACCUGAUCUAGUUUAUAUGGCGCUGUUGAAUGAAUUUCGCAUCCGAUUGAAGAUUAAAUUGCCUAAGGAAACAAACAAACUUAAUGUUAUUAGAGCUGCUGUGGUGUAAUGUAUUUGUUUGUUUGUUUUUACCUUGCAGCUGCUUGUGUCUUUUGUCAAUCAGUUACCUGUUUGUGUGUCUUGGCUUCACCAGCUCAGCAAUUUACUUCAAUGCGUCGCUACUUAUAGAUGUGUUCCUUGAAUAUAUGAUAUUCAUGAUUACAGCGCUGGUGUCAUUCAUCGGCAGCCAAAAUGCCCAGAUGCAUCACUGGAGCUUUUCAUUAUACCAACUUCACAGUCAUGUCAGAGCAGAUGGCGUGUUACACAUGAAGCCAAAGUUGGCACGAGACAUCGCCGCCUCAUGCCGCGCUUGAGGCAAGGUGUGUGAAAAUUUGUCUAGAUCAACUCAGUGAACAGGAGAGCUGACUCUAGCUGUUUUAAACAAACAAACAAACAAAAAAAAAACGUGUCGAUUCAUUCAAAAUGAACAAGUUGCAUGAAAACAUGACCAACAACGCUGGCGACCGCUUCUGUGGCACUUUGUGGACUAGUUCUGUUGUUCUGUUUCCUGGUCUCUGUCUUGUACUGUGUUGUGGUGAAACCAGUGCCCAUCAAAGGGACACUUCAGUCUACAUUGGCUUGUCUCCCAUUGUAAGUAUUUCAGCAGAGUUUGCACUAUGGUGAGUCAUUCAGUACAGGGUCUUCAUCCGAACCGGAAGGCUCCGCUUACGAAGUGAAUGCAUCACAAACAAAGCAGCUUCUAAACAUCAAUGGCUGGAGCGUGUAAGACAUUAAAUAAUUGACAUUGUUGUUGGAAAACUGAAGCUCCAGACUGUUUUACUCUUCUGAUCUUCUCUUAUGUGGAUGUUCUUGAUGU